AUGGCGGACGCCACGUGCACUCCCCAGCGCGGAGCUAAAGAGCCCGACACCCUGGGAAAAUUAGAAGCCAUACUUAAAGCCUUCUGGGCAAAAUUGGCAAGCAGACAGCAGGCGCCCACCCAACCUCCAGAUGAGCAAGUAAGCACUAAGCCACCCGAGCAACAAAGCCAUAGACAUACAGCCCUGCAAACGAACAAUGCCACAAGAUGGCGCAGACGAAGACGGCUUCCCCUGGCGACACGCAAGAUCACUGGGCACAAGAACCGGGAAAAUGCUUACCUCCACCGCCAGUUGCCGCCGAACUCACACAAGACCAGCACACGUCCACAGCCUGCUAAGAAGCAUGCAAGGAAUAAGUCCACUCCUUCAGACCGGAAUCUGUCCACAAAACUACAACCUCAACAAGCCCAACUGAGCCCUGCCUAUGCACAGCAACAAGAAGUCCAAUGCAGAACGACAGGUCGAAAGGGGCUGACACCAACCACAGUGCGAGACCAACCGACGGGUCAAAGAUUCAACUACCUGCUCCAGCACACGAGUGGCAUCGGGUGA